CGCGCCGCGUCCCCUAUCACCACUUUAUCCAUAUCUCCUCUAGAUUAGCCAAGUGCCGAGGAGUUGCCCAUCAUGCCUCCCCCACCUCACCAAAAGCCUGAGAAUGUUCUCAAGCGCGCCCACGAGCUCAUCGGGGUCAACCAGGCCCCCGCCGCCCUGACCCUGCUCCACGAGCACAUCACCUCGAAGCGCUCCCGCAAUGUCCCCAUCGCCUCCCUGGAGCCCGUCAUGCUCCUACUCGUCGAGCUCUCCGUCGAGCAGAAGAAGGGCAAGCUCGCCAAGGACGCCCUCUAUCAGUACAAGAACAUCGCCCAGAACACCAACGUCGCCACCAUCGAGUUGGUUCUCAAGAAGUUCAUCGAGCUCGCCGCCGAGAAGGUCACUGCUGCCCAGGCCAAGGCCGACGAGGUCCAGUCCAGCAUCGAGGCCACCACCUCCAACAUCGACGAUCUCGAGGCCAGCGAGACCCCCGAGUCCAUCCUGCUCGCUACCGUUUCCGGUGAGCAGUCUCGCGACCGCACCGACCGCGCUAUCGUCACUCCUUGGCUGAAGUUCCUUUGGGAGGCUUACCGCACUGUUCUUGACAUUCUCAGGAACAAUGCCCGCCUCGAGGUUCUCUACCAGAGCACUGCUAUGCAGGCUUUCGACUUCUGCCUCAAGUACACCCGCAAGACCGAGUUCCGCCGCCUCUGCGAGCUUCUCCGCAACCAUGUCCAGACCGCCGCCAAGUACUCGGCCCAGAUGCACGCCAUCAACCUGAACGACCCCGAUACUCUUCAGCGUCACCUUGAGACCCGUUUCCAGCAGCUCAACGUCGCCGUCGAGCUCGAGCUCUGGCAGGAGGCUUUCCGCAGUGUUGAGGAUAUCCACACCCUCCUCAGCCUCAGCAAGCGCCCCGCCAAGAACGUCAUGAUGGCCAACUACUACGAGAAGCUCACCCGUAUCUUCCUUGUCGGCGAGAACUACCUCUUCCACGCCGCUGCUUGGGCUCGUUACUACAACCUCUUGCGCCAGUCUGCUGCUCUCAUUGCUUCUGGCCACAGCAAGAAGGCUGAUAACCCGGCUUGCAGCGAUGCUGACCUCCAGAGGGCUGCCACCUUUGUCAUUCUCUCCGCCCUCUCCAUUCCCGUCAUCAGCACCUCGCGCUCUCGCGGUGCCAUGGUGGACUUCGAUGAGGCCCGCAAGAACAAGAACUCUCGUUUGACCCACCUGCUCGGCAUGGCCCAGGCCCCUACCCGUGCUGGUCUCUUCCGCGACGCCCUUUCCAAGUCGCUCCUCCGCCGCGCCCAGCCCCAGAUUCGCGAUCUUUACAACAUCCUCGAGGUCGACUUCCAUCCUCUUUCCAUUUGCCAGAAGAUUUCCCCCAUUCUUGCGGAGAUUGGCGCCGAUGCCGAGAUGCAGAAGUACAUCCUUCCUCUUCAGCAGGUCAUUCUCACCCGCCUGUUCCAGCAGCUUUCGCAGGUGUAUGAGACUGUCGACCUUGAGUUCGUCGAGAGCUUGGCUCAAUUCCCCGAGCCUUUCCAGGUCACUCGCGGCACCAUUGAAAAGUUCAUUAUGAACGGCAACAAGAAGGGCGAUCUCGCCAUCCGCAUGGACCACGCCACUGGCGUUCUUAGCUUCGACGCUGAUGUCUUCUCUUCCGCCAAGGCUGUCCACGCCGGUUCCUCUGCCGGCUCUGCCGAGAGCGAGACUGGCUCUGUACAGCGUCUCCAGAGCACUCCCUCCCAGAUUGUGCGCUCUCAGCUCACUCGCCUCGCUGAGGCUCUUUACACCACCUGCCGCUAUAUCGAUCCUAGCUUUAACGAGGCUCGCAUCAAGGCUCGUGAUGAGGCCCUUGCUCGCGCUAAGGCUGGAGCCGAGAAGGAGCACCAGGAGGUCCUUGCUCGCAAGGAGAUCAUCCAGACGCGCAAGGAUAAGGCUUCUGAGGCUCAGGCCCAGAAGGAGAAGGAGAAGGCCCGCAAGAAGCUGCUCCAGGAGCAGGCCCUCCAACAGGCCGAGGCCGCCCGUCUUGCCGAGGAGCAGAAGCUCCGCGAGGCGAAGCGUCUUGCCAACGAGCGCGAGCAAAUCAAGAGGAAGGAAGUUGAGGCCCUGCUCAAGGACAUGAAGCUCGAAGAACUCCAGGGUGAGGACAUUGAGACCCUUGACAGCAACAAGAUCCGCAUGAUCAAGCUCCAGCAACUCGAGCGUGAGAAGAACAGCGUCGCCGAGAAGCUCCGGAUCACCGGCAAGCGUCUUGAUCAUCUCGAGCGUGCCUUCAGAAAGGAGGAGGCUAAGAAGCUCCCCGAAGACUACGCCAAGCAGCGCGAGCGCGAUCUCGCUGCCUACGAGCGUACCAAGGCACAGACUCUCAAGGAGGCUGAGCUUAAGCACAAGGCUGAUGUUGAGCUUAAGCACCGUCUCACUCGCCUCAUGCCCUUCUACGAGUCCUUCAGGUCUGACCUGCACGAGCGUCGCCGUGAUGAGUUCGAGAAGCGCCGUCGUGAUGCCGAGCGUGAGAUGGAGAAGCAGAUCAACGCCCGCCGCAAGGAGGCCCGCGAGAAGAGGAUCCGCGAGAAGCGCGAGCGUGAGGAGCGUGAGCGUCAACUCCGCGAGGCCGAGGAGCGCGCCGCCAGGGAGAAGGAGGAAGAGAGGAAGCGUCUGGAGGCUCGCCGGGAGGAGCUCCAGCGUCUCAAGGAGGAGAAGGAGAAGGAGCGUGAGAAGUUGCGCGAGAUUGCUGCUCGCCAGCAACAGCGCGAGGAGGAGGCCAUGGCCAGGCGCAAGGCCGAGAAGGAGAAGCUUGCCGCGACCCCUUCUGCUUACAGACCCCCCGCGGCUGCGGAGCGUACCGAGGCUGCUGCUCCUCCCCGCAUUGCCCUCGCUGGCAACCGCCCCAGCUGGAGAGAGCGCGAGGCCGCCAAGGCCGCCUCUGGAGAGACCGCCGCUCCCGCACCUGCUGCCGCCGAGCCCGUUGCCGAAAGACCCCGUGCCGCUGCCCCCCCUGCGGAGAGGACAGAAGCUGCUGCUCCUCCCCGCCUGGCCCUUGCCGGCAACCGCCCCAGCUGGCGUGAGAGAGAGGCUGCCAAGGCCGCCUCCGGAGAUGGUAAUUCUGCGGCCGUCCCCGAGAGGAGCGCUCCUCCUCUCAGGGCUGCCGCCCCUCAGAGAGCUGGAUCCGGUCGUCCUGAGAAUGAUAAGGACGUCCCUCCUGCGGAGCCCUUGAAGGCGAGCGGUGCUCCCGGCAAGUACGUUCCCAAGUGGAGACGUGAGGGUGCUUAAGAGCACUUGUUCUCAUGGGAGUUUAAGGGUUGUUCGCGCUCCCUUUUUUACGAGGUUCAUGUAAAUUAGUAUCACGUAAUAUGGGGAGCACCUCUUGCAGUAUAGACUGGAUCAAAAGUGGUUGUGCGUUUUUCUUCACGUUUAUCAUUCAUUCAUUCAAAUGGUCCCAGUCCUCCCAGACGUUGAUGGUUAAUAAUGGUCAUAACAAGUCCCAAAAGCUGUUUACGACUUCUUCAUGCGGCGACCGCUUUCACAGUACUUGAUCAACCUCUUUAUGUUCCGUGUAACGUCUUGUAGCGUACCUUUGUAAUUCAGUGACAAUUUGACCA